CAAACCCCAAAGCCUGCAGAAACACACAGAAUCUUUUCUCUGGUUCUGUGGACCGGUCUAUAGUCUCACGUGCAAAAGAAACACAUUCAACGUCUCUCUCUAUAUCUUCUACUUUUCAUAACCCAACUGUUUUAGAUUUUCUUCGGGACAUCUUCUGUUGUUAGAACAAAAACAUCAGCUUUAUAAGCUCACAAGCAUCUCCACUCUUCCAUAGAUCAAAACCACAACUUUCUUUGACCUUCUUCUUGUUUCAUUUCUUAUUCAAAUUGGCUGAGUUAUUUUAGAGAAAAUAUUUUAUUUUGUCUUUUUUAUAUUGUAAACCUAGAGGUAGUAUUACAAGUUUAAUUUGCCUUUUGCAUUGUCUUACUCUCGAGACAAAAAGAGAAAGACAAACACUUUCUGUCUGUUUUUCCUCCCUCUCUCUCUCUCGCUCGAACCCUUUUCAUAUUUUCUGAGAGCAUAUUAUUUUUUCGACGAACUUUGUAGCUAAUUAUGGCCUUAGAGGCUGUUGUUUACCCGCAAGAUCAAUUCUCCUUCAUCUCUUGCAAAGAUUUUCAGUUUCACGACUUCUACUUUCAACAAGAAGACAAUCAAGAUCUACUAGACACCAAGAACAACAUUAAGCUAGGGCAAGAACAGAGACAAGGGUUUCCGAGUAUUAAUUAUAACGGUAAAAGCGAAGACACCAAUGAUGACUAUAACAAAAACGAUCAGGAGCAUCUUCAAUUGCCAAAAGACGACCUUCUUUGUGGAUCUGCCUUGGACCAACCUCCGUCGUCGGAUGUGGCGGCGGGAGGGGGGAGGAGGAAGAGAAGAAGGUUGAAGAGUAGCAAGAACAAGGAAGAAAUCGAGAACCAGAGGAUGACUCACAUCGCCGUCGAGAGAAAUCGCCGGAAACAAAUGAACGAGUACCUCGCCGUUCUCCGUUCUCUCAUGCCGCCUUCUUAUGCUCAAAGGGGAGAUCAAGCGUCAAUAGUUGGCGGAGCCAUUAACUACUUAAAGGAGCUUGAGCAUCAUUUACAAUCAAUUGAGCCCCCGUUAAAGAGAACCACCGUUCCAGUAGACACCGGAGCAGCAGCCGCCGCCGACGAACAGACCGCCAGCUCGGUUGGACCGUUCUCAGAGUUCUUUGCUUUUCCUCAAUACUCUAGCCGACCUUCUUCAUCGUCUGUGGCUGAAGGGAUGGCUGAGAUAGAGGUGACGAUGGUGGAGAGCCAUGCGAGUGUGAAGAUACUCGCCAAGAAGAGACCGAAACAGCUUCUUAAACUGGCGGCAUCGAUACAGAGCCUAAAGCUGACUGUUCUUCAUCUCAACGUCACCACUCGUGACGACUCCGUCCUCUAUUCCAUCAGCCUAAAGGUUGAAGAAGGGAGCCAGUUGAACACAGUGGAAGAUAUUGCAGCAGGCAUGAAUCAAAUCCUAAGGAGGAUUGAAGAAGAGUCGUCUUGAGCUAAUAUAGUUGGGUUUUAGUUAUGACACAUUUAGAGGAACUCUAAUUUUUCAUGUGUUGUCUUUCAUAUCCUUUUUCAUAUUAAAAUAGAUAAAAAUAAAUUUGAUUGGUCUUUGUGUCUUUUGUUUUCUUACUGCUUCACUUUUAAAUGUAUGCUGAUGCUUCAUGCCUCA